UCCCCAAUGAAAUGCCGUUAAACAUCAGAAUCAGAAUAUUCAAUGUGCAAAUGAAAUGUGAAAUAAGACAAAGAUGUGUCAAACAGAAUGAAGUUGUACAUGAGGUAUAUAAAUGAGUGAGUUUUUUGACAGGUUAAGUUGUUCAUCAGUGUGGUCUGGUUGUUCUGACACACAGAGCUCUGUCACGCGACCAGAGGGAGGAACACGAGUUCCACAUACAGAAAAAAACCCUGACUUAUAGUCUGUUCCCACAUUUUAAGUUGACUUUUUGUUUUGACGGGUGCGAUGUACACUCCGUAAAAUACGGGCAUGUGAAAUGAAAAAUUGACACAUUUGAGGAACAAACUGAUUCUCAGAACAGAUUAUCAUUUGCAACUGUAAUUGGUGUGGCAGUUUUUGUAACUGUGGCUAUUUAUACUCCAGUGUGUUCUUCACACGUGGUUUAUGUGAACCAGAGAAUGUGUUUUUUUUCUAAUCAGAGUUGUGGAUCUGGUCUUGGAUCACCUGUGACAUUGUCAUCAUGCCUUUUGGAAACACUCACAACAACAGCUGAAGAUGAACUACUCAGCAAGAGCAGGAGUACCCAGACCUGAGCAAUCACAACAACCACAUGGCCAAAGUGCUGACACCUGAAAUGUACACUGCCCUGCGGGACAAGGAGACAUCCAGUGGAUUCACCCUGGAUGAUGUCAUCCAGACUGGUGUUGACAAUCCAGGUCAUCCAUUCAUCAUGACAGUAGGCUGUGUGGCUGGAGAUGAGGAGACCUAUGAAGUAUUCAGAGACCUAAUGGAUCCAGUGAUAGAAGAUCGGCAUGGAGGAUACAAACCAACAGACAGGCAUAAGACAGACCUGAACCCUGAAAACCUGCAGGGCGGAGCAGAUCUGGACUUGGACUAUGUACUGAGCUCUCGGGUGCGGACCGGGAGAAGUAUCCGGGGCUUCUGUCUACCGCCGCACUGCAGCCGCGGAGAACGCCGGGCCAUUGAAAACCUUACCAUCCAAAGCCUGGACUCACUGGACGGUGAAUUUAAGGGGAAGUACUAUGCUUUGAAGAACAUGACGGAGGAUGAGCAGCAACAGCUCGUAGACGACCACUUCCUGUUCGACAAACCAGUCUCUCCUCUGCUGCUGGCGUCUGGAAUGGCCCGUGACUGGCCGGAUGGCCGCGGCAUCUGGCAUAACAACAAUAAGAGCUUCCUGGUUUGGGUGAAUGAAGAGGAUCACUUGCGUGUCAUCAGCAUGCAGCAAGGCGGUAACAUGAGAGAGGUGUUCACCCGUUUCUGUACUGGCCUCACAAAGAUUGAGGGUCUGUUUAAGGAGCAAGGACACGAGUUCAUGUGGAACAAACACCUGGGCUACGUCCUCACCUGCCCAUCAAACCUUGGAACAGGGCUGCGAGCUGGCGUCCACAUCAAACUGCCGCUCCUGAGUAAGAAUGACCAGUUUGGAGAAAUCCUCAAGAGGCUGAGACUGCAGAAGAGAGGCACAGGCGGGGUGGACACAGCUGCAGUGGGUGGGGUCUUUGACAUUUCAAACGCUGACCGUCUGGGCUUCUCGGAGGUGGAGCUUGUGCAGAUGGUGGUUGAUGGUGUCAACCUGUUGAUCAUCAUGGAAAAACGCCUGGAAACUGGUGAGGACAUUGAUGACCUCAUGCCAGAGCAAAAGUGAACUGACCCAUGGUAACCUUUCACCUCUGACACCCCCAUAUGAUCUGUUCACACCCCCCCCCGCUGUGUAAUCACAAAUAUCUUUGAUCAAAAACCUGGAAGCAAAUAAAGUCUCUCUGAACUUGG